AUGGUGUUAUUGAUCGGUCCGAGCACUAUAGGGCCCGGUUCUUUUUGCACAUUUUUGAGCGUUCUUUUUGCAUCUUUCUUUUGCAUAUUUUUUUGCGUUCUUUUUGCAUGUUCUUUUUGCAUGGUUUUUAUGCAUAUUUGCAAUUCUGUGCUUAUUUUGGUAAAUUUUGCAUAUUUUUACUAAAGUUUUUACAUAUUUUGGCAUUUUUGAGAAAUUU